GGCUAAUGUCAAAUAGUCUUGCAAUUGAAAAGGGCAUCAGUGAAUUUACACGCAUAUUCUGAUCAUUUUCUGUCCAUUUUCAAAGGAUUUCCUCAAUUUGAGUGCAGAUAUUUUGUCAAUAGACACGUCCCAAGUCGAAUUUGUCUUUUUCAUCGCAAAACACGGUAAUUUGGAGAUAAAUUAUCCUCGACUAAAGUAAAAGACUAUUUAUAUGCUAACCGUGUAAAUAAAUACAACAAGAAUGGAUGAUGAAAUUGAUCCAAAAGACAUUAUGCCAAGGAUUAAAGUGAAGCCUCUUCACACUCUCACUAUCCAGAGGAUAAAAUCGAAGCACGCCAAUUCGAAGCAGAGAGAGAAGAUGGUUGAGGUGAUUCUGAAGAAUCCUGAGCUCUUCCGGGGCAGAAAAGGCGUCCGGGCUGUUGAGAAGUGGAAGAAGGCGUGGGAGGAUCUCACUGUUUGCCUGAAUACUCUUGGACCGCCACGAAAAUUGCAUCUCUGGCACAAGAUGUGGAAGAACAUGAUCGGGAGAGUGAGGGAGAAACAGGCUGCUAUUACCAUUGAAGCGAAGAGAUUGGGAGAUGUCAGAGGCUUGGUGGAGCCUCUGAGCGAGAUGGAGGAGCAGAUCCUCAAGUUCAUCAAGUUUUGCAGGGCUGAAAGUUCACUUCAGAGACUGGAAAAGGCAGUGAAAACAUAUCCUGGCUGCGUAAAGUCGAUUCCAUCAAAUCCCCCUGCAGAAACCUCGUCAGAACAGCCCGCUGUCCCACCUGACGUUGAUAUGGACAAUGAGGAUACCGAAACAUAUUCAAUUGAGAGUCCUCCGCCGCAUACAAACACGUCGGAAUUGGGAAUCCAGAUAGUCAGGACUUAUCCUCGAUCCAACAAGAACCUCGAAGCAAAUUCUGCUUCAGACACACUGCCGGACUUGAACAUUUCCAGCAUUUCUGAAGAUCAAUCAGACGAGUUGGAUCCCUUGGUGGAGACUGAGAGUUCGUCCGUUCAGAGUCCUCAGCCCAGCACAUCUGCCUGUGCUCCGGAGAUUGAAAUUCUUCCAGCAUCUACGCUAGUAAUUGCGGAAGAAAAGCCUCAGAUAGGCAGAGAUCUCCUGGCGGAAAUUGCAGAGCUUAAGCGGGAAAAUAGGAGACUACAGGGGCAGGUGGAAUACUUCCAAAAGGAGCUAUCAAAAAUCACCGAUAUCUUUCACCAUGUAGUCACAGAACGUUCAAAGAAAUAA